AUGGCCGGAUCAAAAUACUGCCUCAUCACUGGAUGCGGAAACGGUGGAAUAGGAAAUGCCCUUGCACGAGAAUUUGUCGCCAAAGGCUACCAUGUCAUUGCUACCGUUCUCCCGGGAGAAUAUCGCGAUCACCUCCUGAACCAGUCUGAUAUCAGUGUUUUCGAUCUCGAUGUAACAGAUGAAUCCAUGGUCCGCGGCUUCUCCAAUACUGUAGCUAAAAUCACAAACGGAAGACUGGACAUCCUCGUCAACAAUGCUGGUAUCGUGUAUACCAUGCCAGCAGUCGACACGGAUAUUGCUCACGCCAAAAGGCUAUUCGACGUGAACUUCUUUGGCCCUCUUUCUAUGGUCCAUCAUUUUCAUCGUCAGAUCGUUGCUGCAAAGGGACUCAUCGUGAACGUUGGCAGCAUUGCAAGUGUCUCUCCCUACGUAUAUGGCAGCGUCUACAAUGCAAGUAAAGCGGCGUUGGUCCAUUUCAUGGAUACGUUGCGAGUGGAGAUGCGAUAUUUCGACGUUCGCGUGAUGAACGUAAUAUCUGGAGAGAUCAAUACAACUAUCUUACGGCAUGACAAGGAGAGAAGUUUGCCAGAGCGAAGUAUAUUCUAUGACACCAUGAACGAAGACUACAAAGCACACUGCCGGCGAAACCCAGGAUCCUCACUUCCUUCUGAAUACGCGAAAGCUGUGGUAAAGCAGGCAAUGAAGCGGAAUCCAAAGCGAUGGUUCUGGUAUGGUUCUAAUACUACCACUGUGUGGGCUCUUCGCACAUUCUUUGGUCAGUGGGUUUGGGAACCUGUUUUCGGGGGCAUGUUCAACCUGAAAAAGGUUAGGGGACAACCAAAGGGAGGGAGGGUAGAGGUGAUAAUUGAACAACCAAAGGUGUAG